UUGAAUGGUAUAAUGGUCUACAAGUAGAGAUGGGAAACCAGUGGUUGAGAGCUGAUGGCUUCGAAAUACUCUCAAAUUCUUCCUUGUUUUUCCUUCUCACCUCUUUUUCUUGUUUCUUAUUGAUGGGCACUUCUUUCAUGCUUUCUUGCUUCAUUCUACACAAUGGGCAUUGGAUUCAGGCUCAACUUCAGAUGGGCUUCUUCAGUUAGAUAUCCAUACUAUUGCACCACCUCCUCAUCUUGGCCUUCAUCUUAUUCAUUUAGAGCAAUGGAGGCUUCCUAUGACACAACAAGAGUAUCCUUUCCAUAUUUUGUUCUGGGAGAGAUUGAAACUAUGCACAAUGAUCUUCCGAGAGUGCAUAGUUGUGCAUCUGCUGCACAGACCUUAUCGAAUAAUUACUUAGAAACCGAACAUAUAAGUAUCAGAAAGAGUUCUGGUGGUGACUUAAGUUGCAUUAUUAGCAGUAGUUUUCGGAAACCUGGUUCUGCAACAAGUGCUGAGGCUAGCAAAUUAUCACAUUUUGGAGUACUAAUGAAUAAUCUUAGUAUGUUGGAGAAGACGUUUGCUGAUUCAGACGUGCUGAGGCUGGAGAACGAUAUAUUAUCACAAUUGGACAGGCUUGGAGCUCUUAAGUUGUUCCACACUUGCCUCUCCAGGACGAGAUCACGGCCUGGUAAUUCAUCAGUGUCUGAGGAUAUUGAAGAGCAUCAGAUGGAAAGCCAUGUGAACGCUGAUCAGAUGGCUAAGAUUGUUGUUUCCUCAGGAAAAAAGGAAAAGAGGAAAGCAAAGAGAGUGAAAUCAUCGUGGAAUGAGAAAGAUUUUUAUCUGUUGCCAUCAAAUUCUAAACCUAAGCACCAACAUCAGAACUUGUCUUCUCCUGGAAAAUCAUCAAAAUACAGUGGCUCAAGGCCUAAAGUCGCGAGGAAUGAGGCUGAAUUGACAGUAGGCGUGAAGUUAGUUGCGAAUUUGGAAAGAAUUAAAAUGCAGUUGGAAAAAGAAACAGGCGAAACAGCUAGCUUGAGUAGCUGGGCCGAAGCUGCUAACAUCGACAAGAAGACCUUGCAGCAGAAUCUGCACUUCGGUUGUUAUUGCAAGGAUGAGCUCCUGAGAAGCACAAGAUCUUUGAUUCUUUACAUUGCAAGGAACUAUAGGGGCGUCGGAGUGGGUUUUGAAGAUUUAAUUCAGGCAGGAAGCAUCGGUGUCCUGCAAGGUGCAGAAAGGUUCGACCACACCAGGGGGUAUCGGUUCUCUACAUACAUCCAGUACUGGAUAAGAAAGUCCAUAUUGAUGCUUGUUGAGCGGAAUUGCAGAGGAGUUCGGAUUCCUUAUGCAUUGAGCAAAGCGGUGAAGAAGAUACAGAAAGCUAGAAAGACCCUGAGUAACAGCCUUGGGACUUAUCCAGAUGACAAUGAAAUAGCAGAGUCCACAGGCCUGUCCUUGUCUAAAAUUGCAGCAGCUAGUAACUGCCUGAGAGUCGUCGGUUCUCUUGAUCAGAGAAUCGGGGAUUUCACCAGUGUCAAAUAUCUGGAACUCAUGCCCGAUACCUCGAUCAAGGGUCCUGAAGAAACUGUCAUGAGGGAGCACAUGUUGAAAGACAUGUAUGAUCUUCUAGCCGAAUUAGAUCCCAGGGAACGACAGGUUCUGCUACUGAGGCUCGGGCUUCAGGGCCAUCACUGCAUGUCGCUUCAAGAGAUAGGGAGGCUAUUCUCUGUGAGCAAAGAAUGGAUACGAAAAAUAGAGAGAACAGCUUUAAGAAAACUCAGAGAUCAGGAAACUCUUCAUAGUCUAAGCCAUUAUCUGUAUAUGAACCAUAUGAAUCAGUAAGCCUUAUAUUGUUAGUUCUAUAGAUCAAAGCUUCAGAACCCUUUUACAUGUAGAAAUGUAGAUAAUAUAUAUCCAGACACAUUGGUAGAUACCACAAGAUAAAUCUAUUCCAUGAAAUCUUGAAUGA